AUGGCACGGAGUAAACUUCGAAACAAGAACAAGUUAAUUGAAGCAGCUGUGGGAUUUUCCCUGGGAGCAGUGGGAGGCUGCAUUCUGGGGGCCACAGAGGACCCAGUGGACAAAAUCCUUUCUGCUAUGACUUCAAGUAGUUCUCUAAAACCAGUGAUGGAGGAGGUUAGAGCAGUGGGUGCCCUGGGACUGGGAACCCUUAUGGGUGAAAAACUGAUCCGAGGGGUUGCUGUUGGGUUUGGACUCCUGUGUGUCCUGCAAGUUCUUGUCAACGUUUCUUUGCGCCUCGUUCUGUGUGAGUAGAUGUUUUUCACUGCUGUUAAACCAGGAUAUCAGUAUUUUCAACAAGGGUGGGUGUAUUUCCAUUCAAGUUUCUAUUACAUUUCAUCCACCAAACAAUCCUGGCACGAGAGUCAAAAGUACUGUCGGCAACAAGGCGCAGAUCUAGUGAUCAUAAACACCAAAGAAGAACAGGUAAAAGACUUUAUGAGACUGUUUCACAGGCUCACGUGGAUUGGGCUAAAGAACUCAGUAACGACACGUCAGUGGAAAUGGGUAGAUGGGACUCCAAUGAACAAAAGCUACUGGAACCAUGGAGAACCCAAUAAUUAUCAAGGCAAAAAAGAAGACUGUGUGGAGAUAAGGUUUCAUGACAGAGAAAACAAUUGGAAUGACAUACCAUGCUAUGAUAAUAACUUUUGGAUCUGUGAAAAAAAGCUCCCUCUCUUCAUCAAAUGA